AUGGGCGCCAGGACCGGAAAAUCGGCUCCAGGAGCCCCCAGCAGGGUGGUAGAGACGGCAGACAGAGUGUGCAAGUUCCCAGGGAGGAGGCUAAGCUGGUGGCAGGCCCAAGAGGACUGUGAGCAGCGGUUUGGCCACCUGGUGCUGGGACCCCCAGAUAAGGUCCUCGCUCCGCAGCUGCGGGACCCAGUCUGGGUGGGCCAGAGCGAGGCUCUUCUGCGAAAGCCUCCGCUAAGGCGCACACACAGCACGGCCGCGCUAGUUUUCCGCGAGAGGACCGCGGACCGGGCGGCGCGGCUGCGGGCGCCCCUGCCUGCGCUGAGGGCGCUGACGGCGUGCGCCCACGUGCAGUGGAACGCCGCCUCGCCCCACACUGCCGCGCUCUUCUCGCUGGCGGUGCCAGCGCUGCCCAACGCGCUGCAGCUGCGCGCCUUCGCCGAGCCCGGCGGCGCGGUGCACGCUGCUCUGGUAGUGCGCGGGCAUCACGCGCCCUUCCUCGCCGUCUUCCGCGCCGACGGCCGCUGGCACCAUGUGUGCGCCACAUGGGAGCAGCACGGUGGGCGCUGGGCACUGUUCGCAGACGGGCGGCGGCGCGCCGAGGCGCGGGGGCUGGGCGCGGGCUACCCGGUGCCGCCCGGCGGCGUUCUCGUGCUGGGCCAGGACCAGGACUCUCUGGGCGGUGGCUUCUCGGUUCGUGACGCCUUCAGCGGCAACCUCACCGACUUUCACCUAUGGGCGCGGGCACUGAGUCCUGCGCAGGUGCGCCGGGCACGGGCCUGCUCGCCGGCCCCCGGCGGCCUGCUCUUCCGCUGGGACGCCGACGCCCUGGACGUCUCGCCCUCGCUGUCGCCCACUGUGCUGGUGCGCUUUCUCUGUCCGGUGCCCACGGAGGAGUGCCCCACGUGGGGACCAGGAGCCGGCACUGAGGGCUUGGAGCCCUGCCUGCAGGUGCGGCCCUUUCUCUGCUGCUACAGAACAGAGACCUAUCAGCAGUUGCUGGAUGUCCAGCUGUGGCCCGGCCAGGAUGUUAUUAGCCGAGUCAAUGCCUUGGCCAAUGCCACUGUGCUACUCCCUGACCCCCUCUCUGAAGCCCAUGGGACCCUGUCACUGGUUGAGGCCUCCAGCUUCCUGGGCAUCCUGGAGAGAGUCCUGGCAAAGGACACAGCUUCGUUGGGACCAGCUGCACUUCUGGCUGUCAUGCACUUCUUAAAGAGGGUGAUGGCUCUCGAGGCUGGGGAACCCGAGCCCCUGACGGGGCCCUGGUUGCAGCUGGGCCAGGGUGUAAUGUCUGUGGCCAGCCUAGUCCUGGAGGAGCAGUUGGCUGGCACCUGGCUGGCAGUCAGUGAGGUGGUUGGUGGACCCAUGGCCCUGGUGGCAAGUGUGCAGCGUCUGGCACCCCUGCUGAGCUCCGCACUGACCUCUGAGCGGCCCCGAAUGCACAUCCAGCACCGCCGAGCUGGCCUGGAGGUGCGGAGCCUGCACUUGAGGGAGGCCAGCGUGGGAGGCUACACGUUCAUGUUGCCUGGCGGGUGGCCGGAAGGGCCCGGCCACAUCCACCUGCCUGCGGGAGAAGUGAGGCGGCUCCUUGGGAAGGGCCUCUCUGGAGUCACCCUGAGCCACAGCUGGUUCACCUCGAGUGUCUUCCAGCACACUCUGCAGGGCCCUGACCCGGAGCCCCAGGCCCCUGACAGCUUGGACGAGGUGGGCAGGAUGCAGAGGUGCCUAAGCACCCAGGUGGGGUCGGCCAUCGUCUCCUCUGAAGUGUGGGACACUGCUGGGGAGCUUAACACGGCCGUGAACUUUCACCUGAAACACUGGACCCAGGACUUCCAUCAGAAGCUGGUGGAGCCUGUCUGUGCUUUCUGGAACUUCAGCAUCAGCCCAGACACAGGGGGCUCCUGGGCCACCACCGGCUGCUCCGUGGUCACCUUGUACCAGGACUCCACUGCCUGCUUCUGCAAUCACAGCACCAACUUUGCCGUCCUGUUACAGGUGUACGACGUCCAGAGAGAUUCCGUGGAGGAGUCACUGCUGAGGACCCUCUCCUUUGUGGGCUGUGGCGUGUCCUUCUGCGCCCUUACCACCACCUUCGUGCUCUUUCUGGUGGUUGGGGUCCCCAAGUCGGAACGAGCCAUGGUCCACAAGCACCUCACCUUCUCCCUGGCCUCCGCCGAGGGCUUCCUCAUGGCCAGCGAGUGGGCAAAGGCCAACAAGGUGGCGUGUGUGGCCGUCACAGCUGCAAUGCACCUCCUCUUUUUGGUUGCGUUCUCGUGGAUGCUAGUGGAAGGGCUGCUGCUGUGGAGCAAGGUGGUGGCCGUGAGCAUGCACCCAGGCCCAAGGACAAGGCUCUACUAUGCCACAGGCUGGGGUGUGCCUGUGGUCAUUGUGGCUGUCACCCUGGCCAUGUCCCCCCAUGAUUAUGUGGCCUCCGGGCAUUGCUGGCUCAACGUGCACACAGACGCCAUCUGGGCCUUUGUGGGGCCUGUGCUCUUCGUGCUGACUGCCAACACCUGCAUCCUGGUGCGUGUGGUGAUGGUCACCGUGUCCAGUGCCCGCCGCCGUGCCCGCAUGCUGAGCCCGCAGCCCGGCCUGCAGCAGCAGAUCAGGAUCCAGAUAUGGGCCACCGUGAAACCGGUGCUGGUGCUGCUGCCUGUCCUGGGCCUGACCUGGCUGGCAGGUGUCCUGGUGCACCUGAGCCCAGCCUGGACCUAUGUCGCCGUGGGCCUCAACUCCUUCCAGGGGCCGUACAUCUUCUUGGUCUACGCCGCCUGCAACGGGGAGGUCCGGAGCGCCCUGCAGAGGAUGACGGAGAAGGCGCCCGCCGAGUGGGGCCCGGGAGCAGGAAGGGCGAGAGGCCCAGGCCCUAGCGUCCCCUCUCAGCCCCGCCCCAUCCCGCGGCCCCCGGGUCCCUGGGAGGCGGCCCAGGACAGCCCCUCCGCCGUAGCCCCACCCGGAAGGCACGUGGCUCUGAGAGGGACCCGUGGCCCCAUAAUCUGCACCACCUUCUCCUCCAUUGCAGAUCCUGAGAGACUGACUGUGGAGCUGACAGCUUUCAAGAUUUCAGGCGCAGCGUGUCUGCACGAACAAGAGAGCUGCAGCAGAGCCUCUGCGCUCGAGUGACAAGUCCUUUGUCUCCACUGAAUGGCUCCCCCUAGGACCUCAGUCCCGGCCAGAUGAGAGGCCCAGCAGCGCCCCUGACUGAGCUGCAGAGCCGUGACACCCCCUCUCUCCACCAGCCUCAGUCUCUUCUUCCUUCAAAUGUCAGCUGCACCCCAACCCUGGCACGCACACCAGCACCCACAGCUGUCCCCCUGUCCUGCUUGUCUGUGCUUUGCCCCUCCCCCCUCCUCUCCCCUUUUCCCACCUGCCCCUGAAGUUCUGUCCUGCC